UCACGUCAUCAUCAGCUGCUAUAAUCAGCCUACGCGUGUGGUGAUUCCCAGUGUACAAGGGUUUAUCUUUGAACGUCCACAUCCACGUACCUGUGAGCAUAUUUACAUCUUUGCACAUCACAACCAGGCGUUCGGGUAAAAACAGCACUAGUCCAAUCGGAAUCAUGUCUGUAGCGGGACUGAAGAAACAAUUCCACAAAGCCACUCAGAGAGUUAGUGAGAAGGUCGGAGGUGCAGAAGGAACUAAAUUAGAUGAAGACUUUAUGGAAAUGGAAAAGAAAGUUGAUACCACCACAAGGGCAGUGUUGGACAUUAUGACCAAGACAACGGAGUACCUGCAACCCAAUCCAGCAACUCGUGCCAAGAUGAGUAUGAUGAGCUCCAUGUCUAAAAUCCGUGGAGGAGAUAAAGGUCCCGGCUACACACAGACUGAAGUCAUCCUGGGAGAGUCCAUGCAAAAGUUUGGCAGGGAACUCGGGGAGGAAUCCUGCUUUGGUGUAGCUCUGAUCGAUGUUGGAGAAGCAAUGCGAGAGCUGGGUGAAGUUAAAGAUGCUCUAGACAUGGAAGUCAAGCAAAACUUUAUUGAUCCCUUGCAGAAUAUGUAUGAUAAAGACUUAAAAGAAAUCCAGCAUCACCUGAAGAAGCUGGAAGGGCGACGGUUGGACUUUGACUAUAAGAAGAAAAGGCAAGGAAAAGUCACAGAAGAUGAGAUCAAACAAGCCCUGGAGAAGUUUGAUGACUCAAAGGAGAUUGCAGAACAAAGCAUGUUUAACCUUCUGGAGAGUGAUCAGAUUGAACAAGUGAGUCAGCUUUCUGCUUUGGUCCAAGCUCAGGUGAACUACCACAGACAGGCAGCAGAGAUCCUUCAGCAGCUCUCCAGCAAGAUAGAGGACAGAAUAAGAGAGGCUUCUUGUAAGCCAAGAAGAGAGUAUGUCCCCAAACCGCGCAACUCCUUGGAUUUGAGUGAAAACCACAAUGGGAAUAUUGGGCACAGUGGCCCUUCUAGAUCACCAGCUCCAAUGGACCAGCCAUGCUGUCGGGCACUUUAUGAUUUUGACCCUGAAAAUGAGGGUGAGAUAGGCUUCAAGGAAGGUGACAUCAUCACCUUAACCAGCAAGGUUGAUGACAACUGGUAUGAAGGAACGGUCAAUGGGCAAUCUGGUUUUUUCCCUGUCAACUAUGUAGAUAUCCUGGUAGCUUUGCCCCACUAAGUCUAAUGCAUGUACCCUAAUCAUGACCUGAUUAAUCAAACCACUUCUUCUGCAAGAGGAGGAGAUAACCAAAACAAACAGCACAAAAAGCUCUGUUGUGGUAUUUACGCAUAAGAAAUAAGCAAUGAAAACAUUUCGAGUGCCCUUUCGUAAAUAUUAUUCCUGACUUGGAAUGCCACCACUUUGUUGUAUUACUUAUUUAUUUUAUCUUUCUUGAGGUUGAUCAGACCUCUGCAUUGCCUGCUGCUAUGCCUCCUGUAUGUUGAAAUGUUAUGGGUUUUUUUUUUUGGUUUUGUUUUUUUGACAUUUAUCCACACCCUUUUAAAAAAUAAAAUAUUUGCAAUAAAAUAAGAUAACACAAAUUAUUUUGGUAGCAUUAAGUAUUAAUGAAACAUUAUUUGAAGGAUAAUGGUUGAAUUGUGAAGUAUUAAACAUUUAUGUCAUUUCAUUUCUUUGAAAUUGCAAUAACUGUAACACAAAUAUACUUUAACAUCUUUCCUAUUCAUAGUGUGAAAUGUUCCACUGUUUGUUUAAUGUCCUAAAACAAAUUUUAUCCUUUAAGUGGUGGUAGAUUUGACUAUUUAAAUAGAUUCAUAUUUAACAAAAAACAAACAAACAAAAAAAAAACACAAGAGACAAAGAUCGUUACGAGAAUACUUUAUUUGUUGUGUUACAGUGUGUCAUUCAUCUGUCUUGUAACAAGCUGUAUGGUCCAUGAAUCCUGUGGGCCUUUUCAAGCUUUCCAUAUCACAUUCCAUAGAUGUUAAAAUGGUCACUAAAAGGCAACACAGAAAUUGUUUUAUGAAGUAAUGUGUGCGUGUGUACAUAUAUAUAUAUAUAUAUAUAUAUAUAUAUAUAUAUAUAUAUAUAUAUAUAUAUAUAUAUAUGACUAUAAAUAUGCCUGAGUGUGUUAUGUUUUCAGAACCCAUGAAACUGUGCAUAUCAACGUUUGUUUCAUAUAUUUUUCUUUUAAUGUUUUUAAUGGUGAAGUGUGUCAUUUCUGCGCUCGUAAUGGCAAUGAAUUGUAAAGAAAUGACAGGUACUCCCCCAUAUGCCAUUGAUCAGAAAGACACACAGUCCCGGUCUGAAUUUAAAAGUACCACAGAGCAACAGCGUUUGCACUCUUUUGGGUAAUAGAUCAACAGAUGGUUGUUGCACCUCGUCAUAUUAAACUGGAAUAAGAGAAAGUGUUUUAACAUUGCAAAAAUGACACGGAUGAUUUAAAGCAGUGUCUGAUUGUAAAUGAUGUAUAAUUUGGCCUAAAGUUUUCACAAACUGAAGAAAUAUGUGUUCUUAAAAUAUUUAAGUGUUUAGUUAAUGUAUUAUUUAUUAUUAUUAAAUCUAAGAUCCCCUUUAUAUUAAAAAAAAAAUAAUAAAAAAAACAGGCGUAGUUCGUAUUGUCAGGAAAUUCCAAUAUUUUUUCAAUUGUGUUGUUAUCCUCAAUGAGGUCUGUACAGUCAUUUUUGUGUUUUAUUUCCUAUUUGUGUAUAGUCAUGUAUCUAUAGUACCAUGUGUUACUUUUGGAUCAGCGUUGAAGCAUUUACCAUUAAAAAUGAAACAGACACUGGAUAUUUAUUAAAGUGCUAGGGGAGUGUUUAGGCGUAAAGCACUACAUAUCAACUCCUCUUUAGCAUGAAUUUUCAGUGACUCAUCUGAAUGAAUAGGCUUGUACUGAGCACGAAAAAAAAACAGUGCAACUACAAUAAAUACAACAGUUUAAGGGUG